CUGCUUUACCGAGAGCUGAUGGAGCCAGAUGAGAAAGGCAGGAGGCGAGCCCCUCCGGUUGCGCGUCAGCAUCCCCUCAAAUAGGAAUCCUGCUGUCACUCCUGCUCCACAUACUGAGAGACGGACGACUGUAACCCUGAAACAACAGUCUAAAGCGAAUUUCACUUGGCAUGCAGCUGUUUUUGCAUGUGAUGCCAAAGAAGAUGAGUAAGGGGAGGCUGUGAGGAGGAUGGAGCCUUGCAAAGAAUGAUAGUGAGGAUCAAAGCGCGCUGUCCCAGGAGAACUCAUCUGAAGAGCUGGCCGCGAGAGACCGGGAUGCUCCUCUAACGCACCGGGAGGCGAGUUUUCCUGAGCAGACGGAGUUUGAGCUCGAGUGGAAGUGAGUGAGUAAGCAAGAGGGAGUUGGUGUCAUGGAUGCCGUGGACCCGACCUACCAAAACUUGCUGCUCCUGGGAGCCAUUGCAGCAGCAUCCGCUUUUGUGGUCACCAUCCUUAUUGUCCUUGUCUGUGUUGGUUGCCAAAGAAAAAGCAAGAGCAAGCACCCCCCAGCCGGAGAGAAAGGGACAUCUGUAAAUAUGCAGGGUACCCUUCGACACCCAAAACUAAACUCCAUGAGCAAAUCUGACACCAGGCUGCAUGAGAUCAAUCGCUUUCCCUGCAAUGGAAACUCUGUUAGCAAGAGCCGUCCAGCCAGUAUGGACCUCCUGCUCCUCCACAGCCGGCGCUCCCAGACAGACCUGAGGCCCUCCCAUGGGCGCCAGCUUCCACAGAUCCCCACCAGUCCCCAGGGAUCUGGCCAGGGGGGAGAAGUGGAGACAGGAGGGGAUGGGGUAGGAGGAGCAGGAGUAGGGGGGGGAGGAGGAGGAGGAGGAGGGGGGGAGACUAGAGACCACACCUACACCGAGGUGGGCAUACGGAACAACCCCACCCCCACCCACUGCCUGGAUGACGGCCUUUAUGAAAGCGUAGGUGUGCGGGAAGGUGACGCGGGGCCCAAGGUACCCUCGGCCCCGCCAUCAACAUCAAAUAACACUCCAGCUACAGUCAGAGCUGCCCAAAGUCCCCCAGCUCCAGCCAACGGAGCUCGCAAUGGGAACGGGCAUGUGAAUGGUGGCAGAGGGAACGGCAGAGGUAAUGGCACCAUUAACGGGCCGAUGACAGGAAGAGGUAAUUGUGCGAGUGGGGUCAACAGGUCACCUCUGUCUUCUGUCAACUCCUUGGCCGUUCAAGAUCCAACUGCAGCUGAGUAUGCUUCCAUACGGAAGUUCAGAAAGGUCGACAAGACAAACAGGAAGGAAAAUAAUGGGGGCGACAGCCAGUCAGACAGUCAAUCGAGUGUGAGUGAUUCACCCUCUACAGCUCCUCCUCCACUACAUCGCAGUCAGGAGUUUCUGCGCAAAGGACUGGAGCCGUUUCACCUGCACUCCUUCCCAAAGGAGGCAGUGUUCAUGGGCAAUGGGGAGCAGUACAUCUGGAAGCCUCCAGAGGAAGAUGACAUCAUCACCUUGCACCCACCUCCACUCCGUGCAGAGAGCGUACAGGGGCACCCAUCGCCCCCAACUGCAAAGGAGAUUGCAGACACCUACUCCAUUGUGUGUAAAACCCAGAAGAAGAAACCUCCCAUGGAAAACAACGGAUCAAAGACCCUCCCACGCUCCUUUGGUGGAGGUUCCCGGGGCAGAGGUCGAGGAGUUCAGGGCCAGGCACGUUCCCAGGAGGAGCCAUGCUAUGAGCCGGUAGGAGACAGGUCCUGGCCCACAUGUGCAAUGACAGAGUCUGACCCUGCGUACGCUACCAUCAACACCCACCGGAAACGGGAGCAGGCGGCAACCAAUAACAGCACAGCUGGGGGUUCUGCCACUCUGAAGAGAAAGAAGCAGAUGCCGCAGCAGCAGGCAGCACCAGCGGCACCUCAGAGCUCAGGACCCACCGCCCUGCCUACUAGAGGACUGCCUGGUGGGGAAAACUUCUAUGAGACCAUCAGCGAUGUGAAACAAGGGGGCAACAGCUCCAGCACCACUACCAUCUUCACCUUCAAUGAUGGGAUGGAGAUGUACGUCACCGGCCUGUAGCUGGCUGUCAGGCAGAAAGGGCCCAGAACCCAGUGGUUCAUGAAAGGGACCCUCCUGUUCACCAGCCAACUGGUUGCUGUACAUAGAUACAAGGCCCUCUAUAGACAAACAACAUGAGGAUCCAUUUUGUGAUGACAUCAGGUAUAAACAGGGUCUUAAUCCAGGUUCAGACUUCCUUUGAUUGGUCUGUACUUCAGAACCAGCCUAAGCCUAGUCCAGCCCUAAUAUGGACCAAAUAUGUUUUAACAAAAAAAGAAAGAAAAGAAAACAAGAAUAUAUGUCUUCAACCUACUGUGUCACUGACCAUACUCACCUGUUUGUGCAUCAUUUUCCAUAAUAUUUUAUUUUUAUAUGAGCACUGUACUCUUUAAAGAGUAUGUGGUGUAACUCACAUCCUGAGAAGAACACACUUUAAUAUACAUUUUAAAAAAAUAAUGUGCAUGCAUUGUGCAAACACACACAUGAGAAUAGAAAGAAGUAGCAAGGUAUAUUGUAGGUAUAUUGGGAGUAUGAGGCACACUGUUAGCUGUUGUCACCCACACACGCCCACGUGCACACACACACACACACACACACACACACACACACACACACACACACACAUGCCUCAUCUUGGGGGGACUUAUGUAAUAUAAACAGAUGGAUGUCACAGAGAUUUGCGGUGCUUAGCUUUCCCUCAGCAAACAUCUGAAACCGGUUGUCUGUGUGGCCUGUUGCCUGGCAGACAGCAUUGUGGUGCUUUGUUCAAACAUAGGCCUAACAUUUAUAGGCCUGCUUAAACACAGAGGUAAGUGAAGGCUAUAGUCCCCAUUUCACAAAUUACUAUCAUAAAUGUGCCCUAAACGUGUUAGCAGUUCUCUAUCAAUAACAGCCAUCAUUAUAACUAUAAAAAAGUGAGUUUUCUGUAACUUUCAAUCAACAAUCCACGCUCCGAUUUGACAAACAUCUGUAGCCCGAGGCAACAGAGGCAAAACACCCCCACACAGCUACAUACAUACUUGGCAGAGCCAUGCGGGGUAAAGCGAUCAGGUCAAGGGCAUUUAGUGGGUUGUGCAAGAAUUUCCCCAGCGUGAUAUGGGUGAUAGAUUUCACAAUGCAAAACCUUUACUGUAUUACUGGGAAAAAUGAGAGAAGAAUAUUAUUUUUAAAAUAAGGAAAUGAAAGAGUGUCCAAAGUAAUACAGGAUGCUUCAUCCUGUGUAGUUAAUAUUUCAUGUCCUUUGGGCACUGUAAAUAUCGGAUUUAAUGACUAUUGUAAUUUUGCACUGCACAGCUGCAAGGGUGUUUGGCUUAAUUGUGCAUUAACAUGCUGUAAAGGGUGUUUCCGAGUACAGUUCUGAUUUGCUCUGUAGUCGUAAGUCAAAGCCAGAGCUCCCCAUAGCUCAACAGAAUCAAGUCUGGUGGUUGAAAUAGCAACAGAGGGCUUAGACUCCAAGGAAAAUAAAGAGCUGGGCAUAAAGAUUACCAGCAAGUGUCCUUUGGAAGGUUGCCCCUCACCCUCUACCCACACUCGUCUCCAGCCUCUUCUUCUCUUCAGUUUUAAACAGUGUCUUUCCCAUGUAGCUUUGGGGAACAGAAAUAACUGAGGAAGAAAACAAAACAUUAAAGGCUUAAUAAAUGUAAAUAAAGAUAAGAGGUGAAAAGGGAUACAAACUGCUCACAGAAAUGAAGGAAGCAUUAGAAUGAUCUCACUGUGAGACAACCACAUGCAAAGAGAAAACGGGUUUAGAAAGGUUAGUAACAUAAAUUUAUAAAUGCUACUGUGUCAGAAAGUAUGUAAAAACAAAUGCACUCUGUAUUUAAUGCACUCUUUAUUUUUUCUUACCUACUGAUAAUGCCAUUGGUUGAAUAGCUCAUGCCACUGCCAUGAAAACAGUACGUUUAUGUUGUUGGUGCAAAUUUUUCCUGCUUGAUCAAAAAAAGUGCAUGCUUUGAUAUAUGGAGAUGAAAACAAAUAUUGUGGUACUUAAUUGAUCUCUUGUUUGUUAAUCUUUUUUUUGCCAUGUGAUGCAAAGCAGCUUUCAGUUUUUUUUUCCAAAGCAGCAACUUAAAGUAGGAGGAGGGUAGAGAAAUAGAAAGAUAGAGAGAAGCCAUUGGGAGUUUAGAGCGUUGUUUAUCCACCGCUCUGGGGGAGCAAGGAAGAGCGAUAGAGGUGUGGAGGGAAAAGAGAGUAUAAAAGAGAACAGAGUAUAAACCUGGAUGAGGAUCACUGCAAAUCGACAUGGACCCAAAGGACCAUCCCACUUCUGACGUGUUUGCGUGCAUACACACACACACACACACACACACACACACACACACACACACACACACACACACUCGAACACACACUGCAACAUAUGUGUGUUUCCAGGUUAGCGGAUGAGGCACAUUUUGCGUCCACUUGGUCAGCCCUUGCAUAUACUCCCUCCCCCAGCUGUCACUGACCUCUCUUUUCUCUGCUUCACCUCUCUUCCUUGGUGUACAGCAGAGGGGCCUUUGAUGUCCUGUUCUGAGAGACUCAGGGAGUGAUAUGAGAGAGAGAGAGAGAGAGAGAGAGAGAGAGAGAGAGAGCGAGGGGUGCAGAGGCAGUCUGAUAUCAGCAAUGCACCAACGGCUCAACUACUGCCUGAUAUGAGAAAUGGCUAACAGCUGAGUUGCUUAACAAGCUCUGUUGCGGCUCUUCCCUUAGACAAUGCUGGCUGGAAAUUGUUAUCACACUUAAUUCUUUUUCUCUGGCUGUCACUUUGUGUCACAUUUUCUUUAUCCUGAGAAAAAGCACUGAUCUGAUAUAUUUUGUUGGACACUGUUAAAACAGUAUACACUGAUUGAGACAGAUGUUCAUUGCACAAACAAAUACAGUAUGAUGAUGAUGUAAAUGUGUAAAAUACUAUGUUGCUGUUCUGAUGUUGUUCCAAUGUAACAUACAGUACACAGUAUAUUUGUUGAAAAAAAAAGAUGGUUAUCACGGACACAUUGUACUUUGUGGAUGCAAAAUGUUUCAUGCUUUCCAUGCAGAUACAGAUGCUGUUUGUUAAUUGUCUUCAGAUAUAAUUAUGGGCCAAUACUGCUGUGACAGCUGUAGCCAAUGUUGUAUGUUCUUAAAGCACAGGGUUUAGUUAAAAAAAAAAUGAGUAUAAUAAAAUAUAGUGUGGCAGUGCAGAUAUGCAAAAGAUUGUAAUGUUUUAUAUUAACCUUCAUAAAAUAUUAAAGUGAGUUUUUACUUUUCUAAUAAAGUGGCACAUUAUAACGUG